UGGAUUUUGUAUGUAUCUUCAACUUCAUUUUGUCAUUCAUGUACAUUUUCAGUUUAUAGCGUAUAAGUAAAAAAGAAAACAGUUAAAAUUUGGCCAUCGAACAUUUUUUGAAAAAAUAUAUGGCCCGUAAAUAAUAUGAGUUUGAGAACACUGCUGUAAUGAAACAUUUGUUGUUGAAUGCAAUUGCUACGACGGAGUAGUGCAAUUUCGUAGCAGUUGACUUUCGUAGCAAUCGUAUCUUUCCGGUCGAACCGACAGAAUUUAUUACAAUAUUACCACGUCCACACAUAACAAAAAAAAUUAAUUAUAUACUUAAAUAAUGUAAUAAUUUACUUUGCUGUUACCAAAUUUUAGAAAUAAUAAUUUGUUUGUUUACCUAGUACUUAUCACAUAAUAGGUACAAUUAGACAGUGUGAAUGGCACUUGUACGAAAAAUGAUAAGAACCGUUUUUAGAAACCCAGUCGCGUUAUAUAUUAACAUUAUUACUCUAUGAUAUUAACAUCCUGCACAAUUUUCCGUAUGAAGGACCAUUUCUAUUGAAACUUCCUUGCAAUUCUCGCCCACUUACAUUAUUAAGUGCUUAAGAAGGGCGUAGCAGUCCGACGAAGAUAUGUUCGGGUGAUAGAAAUUUUUUUUAUCCUCUUUGAAGUAUCAGACAGUAACAAAGAAGCGAAUCAAUUUUUGAGCGUCUGAGCGCCGCUGAGAAACGCCCUAGUGAUAACAAUGCCUAACAAACAAAUUACUAUCGAUUGCCUCCGUUUAAAGUGUCUGCCAAUUCCGCCUGUUGAAGUGUUGACAUUAUUAUUGUUUAUUCAAUACUUGGAUAAGGUCUGGAGUUUUUCUGCGCGCCUAGUCUAGGUUAAAAACAAAAUGAAUUACGGCAGCAAAACAACGUUCGGCUUUGACACAGACAAACGCAAACUGCCGCUGUCCAAAAGACUCGUCUUGUACGCAUAUGACAAAGACACUGGGGAAAUAUUCGGCCGUAAGCCAUCCAGUUGGGGUGAGUUGUUGCGUGUUGGUACAAAUAUUAUAGAAGUUGUUAAUCCAUGAAAUGGGUAUUGUAUCUAUAUUAGGAUAAUAAGAAAUGACCUUCCAGUUAUAAAACGUUUUCCGAACACAUACCUAAGGUUCUCUAGAAAUAAACAAUUGUUGGGCUUGUCGCUAGUGAAUAUUUUGCUUUUUUAAACUUUUAUCUAUAAACACUCAUUGCUUAAUUCCUUAAUAGUUAAAAAAUUUAUUUUAAUUUCUAAAAUAAAUAUUAAAUCAAAUACAAUAUGGCUCAGUAAAAAGUACAUAUUUAGCUAGGCAUGCUACUUACGACAUAAUAUGUGGCAAAUAAAUUAUGAAAUAACAGGGCAGAUUUUGCUAUACUAACUUGACGUUUUCUAUAGCAUUAGAAAAAUAUUUGAAGGGUACAGGAGAAAAACGGUAGUAGUCCAUUUUUUUAAAUUUUGGUUUGAUAUCACAUUAGAAGCAGUACUGAGUGUUGAAAUUGGUUUAGCAAAAAAAGGUUUUAUUUUAGUUUCAAUAUUAAAGGGAUAAGAUUAGGUGUAUUAGUGAAGAAAGAUUGUAGUCUAUGCAGUUGUGAGGAAAACAGGUUAUAGUCGAAUUCCAGAAUUCAUAUUUUUAUUUCGUUAUUUGUUGUUCCUACUACAAUAAUAAUACAGAAUACUGUAGUGUUAUUAUAUAUGAAAUAUUAUUGUUUAUUUUAUUUUCAUAACCAUAAUUAUAAAUUUUAAAUUAAUAAACUUUGUUUUUAUUCUCCUGAAAAAUUUACAGAAAUACUCUACUACCAUUUUUCUCACUUACUCUUUGUUUAUUAUAUUUUGUAGAUAAAUUAAUUAGAAUAAUUAUAAAAAUAGAAAAAUUGGAGAUAGUUUUGCAUGAAUGUUUAUAUGUUAAUGUAUUUGUUCAUAUUUUUCCAUCAAGUUCAAAUUGGAUUAUUUUACACUGCAUUCUAUAUAACACUUGUCGCCAUGUUUGCGGUAGUCUUAUGGGUUUUCUUUCAAACCCUCGAUCCACGUACUCCAACCAGACAGCUAGAACAGUCAUUAAUUGGAACAAAUCCAGGUACUUUUAUCAAAUCUAAAAUUAUACAAAUAUAAUAUUAAAGUGAGUACUUAUAUUAACAUGUUUUAGGUUUGGGAUUUCGACCCAUGUCUAAUGAAACUCAUAGUACUUUGAUUCAUAUUAAUAGCAAAUCAGUUCAAGAGUAUUCAGUGUGGAUGCAAAGACUUAUUGAAUUUUUAGAUGGUAAAUUAGUUUUGGUUUAAUAUUUUUUAUAAACUCAUUUUUUACCUAAUUAUUUUUCAAAUAUUUUAGUUUACAAAAAACCAGGUUUAACACCAGGAAGAGGACAAAAUAUUGCGACUUGUAACUAUGAUAAACCUCCAGGAAAAGGAAAAGUUUGUGAUGUAGAUGUAAAAGCAUUUGAUAUGUGCACUGAAGAACAUCGUUUCUAUUUUGAUCGUCAAGCCCCAUGCAUUUUUCUUAAAUUGAAUAAGGUAAGCUCAAAAGCUUUAAAAUAAAAUUUUAAUAUGUAAGGUCAAUUAGGGAAAUUGAAAACAAAAUUUGUUAGUCCUAUAAAUGGUUAGUACCAAACUAUACAUAUCAUUUAAAUUUUGUAUGUUUUGUAUACUAUUACCUAAAUGUACCCAAUACUUCUAUUGGUUGUAAAUUGUGAAUUUAAACACUAAUGCAUUAUUUACUUUAAAUGAAAAUCACCAUUUUUAUUUGUUAAUAUCAAAAUCUUUUUAAACAAAAAUAAUUUGAAAAUACAUCACGUUUUAUAACUAACAAAGUUAACAACACCGAGCUUUGACACUAACCCAAUUAUUAGCAAUUUUGUAGCUAAUGCAUUGAAGCUGUUUGGUUUCAAAAUAUCUAACAUUUGUCUACCUUUAAAAUUUGGAGAUGUACAUUUGCUCAAAGAAUAUUUGCACAAGUUUAAAUUAUAAAAUUGAUAUUUCUUGCUAAAUCUUCAUAGAAAUCAAUAUGUUACAUAAUUUUUGCACAAUUGUUGACAUUGUGUAUUUCCUGAUAUGGCUGUAAUUGAAAAAGUUGUUUGACACAUAUUUUUUUGAGUAAUAUUGUAUUUUGCAAGGAAUAUUGCCGUACAAUUUAUUUUUUUAAGUACAUCAUACCUGACUAACAAAUAAUUAAAUUUUCCAAAAAAAAGAAAUCUCUGAAUGUUAUUUUAUUGUAUUGAAAUUCAGAAAGUGUAACAUAAAUUUAAAUAAAAUUUAUCUUUAUAUGUACCUUAAAAUAAUUACCUUGUUUAUAAUAUAAGUUACUAAAUGAUUAAUUGAUGGACUUGAAAAUCCAAAAUAUAAGUGAUUUUCAUUUUUACUUAGUAAAAAUAAUUUUAUUAACUUUAUUAUAUAGACUUUGUGUCUUAAUUUACAUUGAUAAUUUUAGAUUUAUGGUUGGAAUCCAAUAUUUUAUGAUAAGCCAGAUGAACUUCCUCACGAUAUGCCUCACAGUUUAAAAGACCAUAUUAAAAAUAUAACCAAUCCUGAUGAGGUUAGUAUUUUAAAUAAUUUGUAUUUAUUUUUAAGCAAAUUUGUAAUUAUUAAAUCAAAAUAUAUUUGUGUAUAUACUAUUUUUACAAUAACAAGAUUAUCAUUUCGAAACUGCUAAUUAAAUUUUUUCUUCAGUUGAGAACUGUUUGGGUGUCAUGUGAAGGAGAAACUGUUUCUGACAAAGAACUUAUUGGGCCUAUGUCAUAUUGGCCAAUUCCAGGAUUUCCUGGUUAUUUUUUCCCAUUUGAAAACUCUGAAGGCUAUCUUAGUCCAUUGGUUGCAAUUCAUUUCAAAAGACCAGCUAGUAAGUUAUACAACAAAUAAAAUAAAUUUGAACAACUAGCUAUGAAAGUAAUUAAUUCAUAUUUUGUUUUCUUACUUUAGAGAGUAUUGUGAUUAAUAUAUUGUGCAGAGCUUGGGCAAAAAAUAUUGUUCACAAAGUAAAUGGUAUUAAUAGAGGAUCUGUUCAUUUUGAAUUGAUGAUAGAUUAAAAAAAAAAUUUUGUAUAAAAACAAAAUGGUACACACAAUUAAAAAAAAAAAAAAAAAAAUUGAAUUUUUACAUUAUUUGACUUCUAUAUUGGUUUUAUUCAAAUUUUAAUCUAACUAUUGCAUUUUAUUCCCUCCAAAAAUUUGAUACAUUCUAAAACAUUAACUAUAAUCAGUAGAAUCUACAUUUAUUAUUAGUGUUAACAUUAAGUUGAUAUAUUUAAUAUUUUAGAAUUUAAAUCAUAAUUGAAAAAUUGUAUUAAAAAAACAAAAUGUCAAUUGUAUUUCAAUUCUUAAUAUUAAUUUUAAUUAAUUAAGGUGUUCAAAUAAUUUUUUUAGAAAAAAAAAGAUUAUUGUAGAAUUCACUUUAUUACAAAAGUAUUCUAAUCGCCAAUUUUGUGUUAGUAAUUUAUUCAGAAUACAAAAUAAAAAUAUAUUUUAAACAAAAUUUGCUCCCACUAUAUUCUAUUAAAAGACUAUUAUUUUUUAUUGUCAUUGUAGUUUGUGUUACAUGAAAGUCAAUUUUAAUAAGUAGAUUUUAUUAUAUCUUUUAUAUUUAAACCAUUUGAUGUUAAAAAAAUACUAACAGUGAUUUUUUUUUUUUUGAACUACUAAGAUAUUUUUUUUGUUAUGACUCAAUUCACAAUAAUUAAUGAACAAUAUUUAUAAUAUCUAUUAAAUAAUUUUUAAAGACUGAUUUUUUUAUCUAUACCACCAUUUGCAUAAUUUAGUAUUAAUUUUUUCAACCACUUUGUUACUUUUAUAACAUGAACAGUUUUGUUAAAAUUAUUAAUAUACAUUCAAUUAAAAAAAAAUUUAAGAGAUCUGACCUAUAUUUAUGUUUUUGUAUGCUUAAUUUUAUCCUACUGUAUAACAUUAUAUAAUACAUUUUAUUAUGAAAGAAAUUAUUUAAUGCAGCUGUUUUUUUUUUCAAUUUAACAAACUUAUUAAAUAUCUAGUUUUUAUUACUAAUUAGAUAUUAUUUCAUUACUUAUAGGCAUAAUGUAAAUGUUACAUGUAAAGAGUAUUAAAUAUUAUUUAGUUAAUAGUGAAUUGAAUAAAAAUUAUUGUUACUCAAUAUAAAUUUCAAUUUGAAAUGUAUUUUAUGUGUGUACCAUUAUUAUUUAUUAACAUGUACUAUUAAAUUUAAAUGUAUUAUAUAUUCAAAUCUAUGUUGUUUGUUAUAAUUUAGCAUGAGUAAAUUGUGAAAUUAAUAUUUUAAAUAGAAUGGUUUUUAAAGAUGUGUACUAAUUAAGUAGAAAUUAUAUAUUACAUAAAUUGAAAAUUUACUUUUAUUAAUAGCAUUAAAGUUAAUUAGUUAAAUUUAAAAAAAUUACUAACCUAUAUGUUGUUUUAAAUACUGAAUAAUAAUGUAUUCUAAUCCAGUGGUUUUUAACCUUUUUUGACUCACUAUCCACUUUUAAAAGCACACAUUUUACGAGACCUACCUAAGGUUCCCAUUUAAUUUCUAUAUGUGAUUUAAACAUUUUUAUUUUGCUCUGAGGCUCACCUUAAUUAAUUUUUUUUCAGUGUUCAUUAAACGUGAUUUGCAUUACAAAUUCCCACACAGUUUUGAAUAUUUUCUUUGAAAAAAUAUAUAUUAUUUAAAUAAGUUUAAAAUUAUUACCUAUUAUUUUUCAUUUCAACUAUCUGUAAGCAUUUAAAUUAUUCAGGUGUAGAUAAACAUCCUCUUACACUUAUUGGAUUUAUUAUCAAAACUAAACAAAUACAUUUUCCAAUUACCUUCAUUGAUUAAAAAUUUAAAAAAAGAAAUAUGGUACCUGGGGCAUCUGGUUAACAUGUUUUUUUUGUUUUAAAAUAAUAUGUACUGAAUUUCUAUCCUUUUUAUUUAUUUCUUAACACUAAGUAACGAGGAGUAUAAU